GCGUUGCAAUCGUCAUGUGAUUUGUUUUGCAUUGUGACUUCCGGCACCAUAAAUCUGUUACUUAAGAUAGAAAAAAGGCUAUCUUUUAAAUAUUUAGAGCCUUUCAAAAUGUUUGAGGAAAUCACUUUCAACAUUGACCAUGGGUAUCUCGAGGGUCUGCUUAGAGGUUUUAAAUCUGGUAUACUAAAACAAGCAGAUUACCUCAAUCUUAUUCAGUGCGAAACUUUGGACGGUAAGUUAAAGUUGUGAUUUUAAAAUUAAAUAGUGCUCUGGCUCUAGUCUAAUCUAUAGACAGCUGACUGGUUGUUUGUCGUUACGUACCAUACAAAACAGUGUGAGUUUUGGGUAAGAUUUAAUGAGCCAACUAUUGCUAAGACACAUAUUAAUUUUGUUAUUAGUAAGUGUUAUUGGGGCAUAAAUCAACUUGGACUAGGUUUGAGGCUACCCCUAAAAACAUAAUUAAAAAUUAUGUGUACCAAGUAGUGAACAUUAUAAUUAUAGUGACAAUAUAUAUUGAGUGAUCUGGAGGUUAUGGCUGAGGUUUGACCUUCAUAAUUAAAUCAGUAACCCCUUAAUUCAUUGGGCCUAUACUUAUACUCGCCUACAUUUACAUAAAUAAGGGUUAUCUACCACUUGAGCAUCACUAUCACUAUCAGUUAUGACUUAUGAAAAAAUCCUGUUGUUCAUGUGUUUGUUGAAGUGCUAUUUGAAGUUUUUAUAUUUUUUUGGUUUGAUGUGGAGGGUGGAGAGAGGGCCACUGGGUUUUCAGUGGCAUAUAAACAGAGAGUGGCAUCUAAAGAGAGAGUGGGUACUGUUUUCUUGUUGAAGUGCCUGCCUGACGUGCCAUCACUUUAUAAGUAGCGUAUAGAAAGAUAUAUUCUUCCAGAUUCCAGAUCCACUGAUUGUAUCGGACAGAUGGGCAGCUUAUGGCAACAAAAACCAGAUCACACACAGAAUAUACUAUCACUCCAUUGUGGUCCAUCAACAAAAUUUUGUUCUAUCCAAAUGAUGCUGCUGUCCACACAUAGAAUGUUGAAAGCAUGUGAAUGCACAUAAACUAAAAAGACAGCUUAGCAUUUCCCUUCCUAAUACUUACUAAUAGCUUGAGUUGAUUUUCAUGGAGAUGAUAUUUUUAAAAACUUCAUUGUUUUCUUGGGGAGAACUAUUUCAUAUUUAAAUUGUUUAAAUUUUUAUAUUUAAAAAAUUUUCUCUUAGAUUAUUUAUAUUUGUGUUGACAUUAAUAUGUACAAUGUCAUAACUAGGGGUGUGCCGGAUCCGUUUUUUCCAACCGGAUCCGGAUUUUCUUAUGCGAAAUCCGCCGGAUCCGGAUUCCGGUUUCUCCCGGAUUUUGGUACUAUUGGUAGAUACUUCGGUAAGUCAAGGUGGACUACUACUUUUUGUGUAUGGGAAUUCGCAAUCGGCGCCAAAAAAUCCGAGUUUUAAUUUUCCGAUGUGUGUGUCUAUUAUUAAAUUAGUACUUUUGAUAUAUAUUUGAGUUCCGUUCCAUUUGGAUAUGUGUCUUACGAGAGACGCCAUGUUUCUACGCGUUCGCAGCAGGUCAUGCAGCUCGCUCAACCUAAUUUCGCCAUGGGGUUGGCCACGCCCCCCUUUUUAAUGGCGGAAGUUGACGAUACUUAGGAAAUAUUAAUAUAUUAUCACUAUUUACAUCAAAAUAAUUGAUAACUUGUGUUUCAGAAUGCAUUUAAAGACAUUUAAACUGGAAUGUUUUAAUUUGAGCUUUAACAACCCGGUAGAAUCCAUAUUAUAAAUGAUCAGAAUUUACCGUGUGCAACACGUUGUCAUUGGCAACCAUUCACAGCCACUUGCAUAACUGUAUCGUAGUACUACCUCAGAGUUUCAUUCAUAAGAGUUUGCCGUGUGCAAAAACUAUUAAACCAUUGGUCAGGGAAAGCUUUAAUUAAUUAUUCAUGUGCCAAAGUUGAAAGUUUAAACUAAGUCUAAACAGUAUUUUAGUGAUAAGGCAGGGAAUGCGUUGCCUUAUAUAAACUAUAUAGUCAUUGCGCAUGACGGGAUUGGUGGAAUGAGAUCACAGAAUGUGGAGAUGCAGUCCAUGUUAAAAAAUGACAAACCAAGUCGUACUUUAAAAAUUCAUAACUUUAAAACUACAACAGCUAAAAAUAUGAUUUUGGUGUUAUAAUUCUUUAAAAAAUUACAUCUUUUCAACUAUGCCAUUGGUUUAUUUUUACAAAAAGUUUAAAUUUUCUUAUCAAAGUCCCUACACUAUUGGCCACUAUUAGCGGUGCUGACUCUAGCCUCUGGUAUGUACGGAAUAUUAAACAUUAAACAAGCUCAACGCUCGAAACAAUCGAUUAAUGUAUCGUGAUUGUGUGGAAUUCGGGAAAGAGAAUUACUUUUAUUUCAGAUUAUGAUCCGGUGAGUCACAAAAUCUGGCAAAUUCCGAAAUCCGGUUGUUCCGGAUACAUGUAAAUCCGGCGGAACCGGAUUUCACCGGAUAGUGCAAAAUCUGGCGGAACCGGAUUCCGGACCGGACUCCGGCACACCCCUAGUCAUAACCGACUGAAGUGGUAGAUUAGCUAAACAAGUAGGGCUAUACUAUACUAUAUUUAAUUAUACUUAAUAGGGCCUAUCCCUUGCUUAUAUGCUUACCAUACGUUCUGAUUUGUCCAUGACGUUGAGUGAUUGUGGAGCUUAGAGAGCAGUGAAUAUUACCCAGGGGACCUGUUGAUUGUAAUUUUUCAUAAUAAUUGUGUUAUAUUAAUAUAUCGGUUAAAAUAAUAAAAAUUUGCUCUUGGAAAUUAAUACAUGUUAAUGUAUGCUUUCACUUUUACAAAUUUGCUUUUUAUUCAGCGAGUUAAAUGGAUUCAACAUUCCAAUAAUUUAAAGAGUGCAGAGAUCGAGUGAAUAUCCCCCCAAUUCAAUUAAAAUUUGUAAUAAUAUCAACCAAUGAAUGUUUAGUUUUCAUUGAUGUUGAUGUUUUUGUUUGACAUAUUAUUAAAUGUAGAUUGAUCAUUAUGAUGUUACUGCCAAUGAACAAAAAUUAGUGCAGAGUGCAAAAUUGAGAGAGCAUAGCAACUUAAUGGUUGGCUAUUGCUCAGAUAUUUAAUAUGCAGAAUAUCAAAGAAGACGAGAGAGGAGAACACUGUUGCAUUUGUCAUCUGAUGACACUGCAUGUUUUUGUUGAAAUGGUGGAAACAGGGAGUGUUGAUUGUAUUUGUAUUCGGCAUGCACAUCACCACAAUAACAAAGUGAGCCCGGUGAAGCCAAAAAUAUAGGGCUCAGCUCACUCCACCCAGUCACUUCCUAAAUAAUUCUUAAAAUCUGAAACAACUAAAUUUGAGCUUGUCCUUGUUGAACUUGCCAAGUAGGCUGUCUGCCUUAAUUGCAAAAAUGAGGGCCAGAGAUAAAAGUGGCAAAUAUUUAGUCAAUAAAUCUUAGUGCUGUAAUGGUGGAUCCUAUAAGACUUUUAAAAGUUAUGUAAAUCUGUAAAAAUGUUAAAACUUUGAAAUAAACUAUUGAGACUGAGAAUUAAUUUUCCUUUAUUAUUGCUUAUAAAGAAUUUUUCAUUUAAAGCUAUGAAUGUAAUUCAUUCAUCAGUAAUAAGUCCAUGUUUAAAUAUGAGGCCACUGUAAAUAAUACUUAUGGCCAAAAUUAAUGUUAUAAAUAUAUAUGUGUAUAAAUGUUAGAUUAAACAGCAUACUCAACUAAAAGUAGUUGCCAAUUCUAUUUAUAGGUUAAUUUGCAACAUUUGUUGUAGGUCUACAUAAAGAUCUUGUUUUUACUUGUUAUAACUUGUAUGACUUUAUGUAAUUUCACGAGUAACUGAGCCAUAACCAUAGUUAUAAUUUUAACAAAUGAAGCCUGUAAAAUGUAAAUUAAUUGAAUUUUAAAAACAAAUUAGCAUGCAGGUGUAAGAACUGGUGAGGUGACUAAUAAUAAACACAAACGUAUAGUAUAUAUAAAUUUGAAUGGACUAAGUCAGUCAUCAGUUCUCCUGAAAUAUUAUAGCUGUACAUAAUGUUCAUCUUAUUAAUUACAUUUUUGUGAUAAUAAUUUGUUGUUUUUUUUGUUUUUUUUUACUUUAUAGAUUUGAAGUUACAUUUGCAGUCAACAGAUUAUGGAAAUUUUUUGGCAAAUGAACCCAGCCCAUUGACUGUGUCAGUAAUUGAUGACAAAUUGAGGGAGAAAUUGGUUGUUGAAGUUGAACACAUGCGUAUCCAUGCUCUUCAACCCUUAGCAGCUUUUAUUGAUUACAUGAAGUUAGUUCAGCAAGAAUUAUUUUAUUGUUAGUGUGAUAAUUAUGUAUUUUGAUUGUUGAGAAUCUCACUGAUUUACUACUCCAUAAACUGAUUAAGAUGAUAAUUUUAAAAUAAUCACAUUGUUCUUGACUGGGAGACCAUCUAUUAUUUUAUACCUUUACAUUUUAAAUUAAAUGCUCAGUAGUACUUAACUAGGAGAGUUUAUUUUAGAAUAUUUAAAGGUGUAUUCCUUGUUCCAGAACUAGUCUAUUAAAUUGACAAAUAUAUUUAAGAUGUGGCAAUGCUGACAGUUAUCAUAAGUAAUAAAAACCUUUUGAAUUUUAGCAUUCUUUUAAAACAUUUUUAACAAUUAUCAAGUUUUAAAAAAAAACAACCAAUCUUAAAUAGGUACAGCUACAUGAUUGACAAUGUUAUCCUGCUGAUCACCGGAACUCUACAUGGUCGACCCAUUCAUGAACUGCUUCCCAAGUGUCACCCUCUGGGCACAUUUGAUCAGCUGGCAGCAAUAAACCUGGCAAACACAUCCAUCAUGUUGUACAAUGCAGUUCUUGUAGAUACACCACUUGGUAAGAAGGUGAUGUCAUUAACACCUUGAACUUGUACAAAAGAUAUGUCCACCUGCUUAGUUUACAUGCUAGAUUAGGGGUUUCCCCCUUUUUAUGUAAAAUAUGCUGUUUGGAAAAAAGUACAAUUUGAGGAUUGCUUGGGCAGAAGUAUAAGGCAUUAUUCACAGACUGUUUGGUAUAUUAUUUGAAAUCAGAAAACACACUUGCUAAUAAUAGAAAGUCAUACAUUAUUGUGAUAGCAAUAUUUAAUUCAAAUAAAGUUUUUGUUCUUUGCUAUAAUAUUUUAUCAUCACUAAGAAAAUUCAAAUAUAUUUUAAGAGCAAUGCAAAUUUUAUCAAUCUAAAUAUUUUUUUUUUGAUAGCUAAUUAAUUUGUUGUUUUUGUUAAAUUUAGCUCCAUAUAUUAAAGACUGCAUUUCUGCUGAAGAUUUGGAUGAGAUGAAUGUGGAGAUAAUCAGAAAUACACUUUACAAGGUAACCAAUACAUUUGUUAUUUGAGCUAUUUUCAAAAUUAAUUACGUGUGUGAAAAGUAAUGCAAAGAGAAAAAAUAUGUGAAAACAAAGGUAACGAGAGAACAUUUUUAAAUUGAAAUAGAACAACUCCAGGUGUUAAAAUUGUGUUUCUAAAUUUUGUUGUUCUUUUUGUAAAAGAAAAGUUUAGGUUAUGUAAUAUUUGACCUAAAAAUGUAGUAGCAUUCAUUGAAAAUAUUUUAUAGUAUUCAUCCACAAAUGUAUCUGGUAAAUAUAUUCAAUUUUUAGGGAAGUAGCUAUUAUGCUAAUCCUUAAAGAAUGCAUUGUUAUAGGAUAUUUGGUUCCUGCUAUUUUAAAGCUUUUCAAAUGAAUUAAACAUUUUAUUUUUGCAUAGUCUUACUUGGAAGAUUUUUACAACUUCUGCAAGAAACAAGGUGGGGCAACUGCUGAAGUCAUGUGUGAAGCACUUGCUGUAAGUGGAUAUUAUUUCUAUUACAUCAGAUUUCAUAUGAUUUUUUUUGUUUCAAAUAGAAACCAAAGAGAAUAUUUGUUUCAACCAAAACUGCAACGCCCUGCAAAGAACAUAUCGAACUUGUAAUUUUUUAAUGCAAUCCAUUGCUUCAGAAAUAUUAUUUGUACAAUACAUGUAUUUAUUUAUCAUGAUCUUAAUUUAACACAUUUUCCUGUAGCAUAUAUAAUCCGCACUGUAUAUUCAAACAAUGAAUAAUUGAUUGUAAUAACAUUGAUAUCACAAAUGAAUACACUAUCUUUACAGUUUGCCAUUUUUUAAAAUGGGGAAACUAAAAAAUAUAUACUGUUUUCAUAUUUUUAACUCUGUUGUUUUACAGUUUGAUGCAGAUCGAAGAUCAUUUAUUAUCACUAUAAACUCUUUUGGCACUGAGCUUAGCAAGGAAGAUCGCAUGAAACUAUAUCCCCGUUGUGGAAAUCUUUACCCCACUGGUCUUAAGCUGUUGGGUGAUUGUGAUGAUUUUGAUCAAGUCAGAGCUGUUGCAGAUUACUAUCCUGUAAGCUGUGUUAAGAUACUAUUUUUUUCUACGAUAUAUUAUCUGAAUCUAUCAGGAAUCUAUCAGGAAAACUGCUUUGGAUUUUGAAGGUGUUUGGUGUUAUACACAUUUUAGAUUAGUGAUGCACUUAUAUGACCUUUGGGUAAGAGGUCAGAGCACAGUUGUUUUGAAAUAUCGAGCUUGCAAUAGAUAAUUAGUAAAAAAUAAUACAAAUAUAUCAUAAUUACAUUUUUUUUCUUCGGCCGCCAAGGAGUUGGGAUUGUUUUUUUAAAAUUUACAUUAGAUAUCUGUGUUUCCUUCAUUGUUAUUUUCAACUACUGGAUGAUAAAGAAUCUAAAUCACAGCGAAGACCAGUUUUAAAACCAUCUUCUAUCAUAAUCGUUAUGUGAUCAACUGUUUUUGUGUGAGCAGAAUGAAAGCUUUAAUUUUAACUAACUUGUUAAAAAAAUUUUCAAUCAACCUAAGUUGAUGAAAAAUGUUUCCACCAGAAUAUUGGUUAGUUUUUCAUUUUUGCUUUUAAACUAUAUUUACAGCAAUACAAAGAGCUAUUUGAUAAUUCUGGUAACAAUGCUGGGGAAAAGACAUUGGAAGACAAGUUCUUUGAAUAUGAAGUAAGUGAAUAGUUUUACAAUAAUAUUGUGAUAUAGCGGUUAGCUUCACUUUCCAUUUAAACUAAUUUAAAAAAUAUGAUUUUGAAACAUUCAUAUAUUUGGUCAUUGCAUACAUUUUUAAAAAAAACACAUUCAUGUUCAAAAUGUAUGAAUGAAUCAUACGAAACUCUUAUUUUCCAAACAGUUGUAAAUAAAAAUUCAGUUUCAAAUUAUGGGUACUCUUUAAAAAAUGCUACAAUUUUUUUUUUAAUUUUGUGGUUGAUAUGUAUUAAUUUUAAGAUCUGCAUCUUUAUUCAAGGUAAAACUGAUGAAGAAAGCAUUCAUGCAGCAAUUCCAGUUUGGAGUUUUCUAUGCUUAUAUUCGUCUCAAGGAACAAGAGAUCCGAAACAUUGUGUGGAUUGCUGAAUGUGUGGCCCAGAGACACAGAGCUAAGAUUGACAGUUACAUUCCUAUAUUCUAAGAUGUGCUCCAUAAUUCCCAUUACCUCCCCAUCUUUAUCUCAGUAAGUCAGUCUAAAGAUGCUAAGCUAGAAGUAAAUGUCACAAACAUUGGAAACAGAUUUUGUCCAGGUUCAUCAUGGUGGGCCACAGUGCCCAAACUCAAUAAUGUAAAGUAGAACAAUUUUUAAAAAUAUUUAUGUCAAAUACUAUAAUAUACAAUUAGCAUCUUUAGUUGAUUUACAAUCCGUACAGACUUCCACAUGCUCAAAUAUCUUUUUGAACAUUCAAAAACUGUGUCAUAAAAAGAGAAGAGUAAUAUUGUGUAGCUUUGUGUGGUGUAAGAUUGUAAUAAGUAAAGCACAGUGAAAGCAGGUAUGAUUUCAUGUAAAUAUAAUCCUUGUAAGAACUCAAAACUAGCAGAGUAAUUUCUUUAACUCUACUCCAUGACAUACUUUUAAUGUAAUAUCAUCUACGGAAAAUGUUUGAGAACAUAUGAAGUAUGCAAAUCUAAACUUCAGAGGUCUUUUUUUUGUAGGACUGUGUAGAUCUGUCUAUAAAAUUUGAUGAAAACGAAACAUGUGAAUAACUUCAAAUGAUGUUUUUAAAAAUUAAUUUCCCGAACUCUUAUUUUUUGCUCCACUUAUAUUGCCAUCAUUUUACAUGCCAUUGUAAUAGUAAUACUCUCAUUUAAAAAAAAGACUGAAUAAAAUUGUACUUAAAUUUAUAAUGGGGAUAAGUAAUGGGGUCCAUUACACCCAGAAAUGGUGGCUCAAAAUCAUUAAAAAAAUUUCCAAUAGUUAAAAAAGAAAUUACCUGGUACAAUUGAAUUUGGGUGCUGAUAAUCUUCAUGAAUUUUGUUCAUAGACAUUUCAUGUACCCUGUAUUUCAGAGAACUCACUGAUUUGUGAUAAAACCAUAUUUAAAAAAAACUAAAUCAUGUUAUCUUUUUUUUUUCCAUCUGACAAGUCAUUGUAAAACUGUUACUGUGAUCAUUAUUGUAUUGUUUAUGAUGAUUUGAGGGAUGUCAAAUAUGUUCAAGAUGUGCUGUAAAUUAUAAACAGGAAAUAUUUCUUGACAGAUCUUUCUAAGGUUGUAAAAUAUUUAGUCAUUAUUGUAAUAAUAAAGUGUCUUUAUUUGUUUUUUUUUAAAUUGUCAAUUUUUUAAUACUAAUUUAUAUAAUUAUCAGGCUUAAAAUAAAAAAAAAAAGUCAGUUGUGUGGAAUAUAUAAAACGCCACAAAUUUGUGUUCAUAUAAUAUAAAGGUUAAUUUCUUUUACAUGGAAAAUAAUAUUUUUUAAAUUUUGAAACAAUUUCAAAAAUUAAUUCUAAAAAUACUGUAGCACUUCGGAUGUUAUUUAAGAUAAUCAUAACAAUUAAUGCUGAUUAACAAGAUUAUUAGUGAAUUCAAAUUCUGUAUUUUGUAUUUACAUUUUCACAAAUUUCAUUUAUGUACUGCUCAUUAUAAUUUUUCUUUUUUCGGUUAUCAUCAAAAGUAUAGGCAGGAGUUUAUUGGUCAUUUAAAUAAAUAUAUAAUUAUAAUUACAAAUGAUUGUGUACAAGAUCAAAGUUUAAUUCAGUAAAUGUGUGUAUAUAAAGGUGAAGUUGAGAAAUAUGCAGUUUUUGUUGAUUGCUGUAGUGUAAGGAAGAAACAGAAUGCUGAAACAAAUUGUUAAAAUAUUUAUUGUUGUGCUUAUUUUGAAAAGAAUUCAUUUUUAAAGGAAAUUUAAUGUAAUCCAAAUGCUAAAGCAGCAUGCUCCAUUAUCAGGCAAUUAUUAACAUUGUCACCAUAUGCUAAACUAUUUAGAAAAAGUAAGUAAAGUUUUAAAACUCUUUAAUGAUAUGAAUUUAAAUAUUGUGGUUUUCCUUAAGUUUUAGCAUUGGUUCUUGGGAUUUUAUGAUAAAUAAAAGUUAUAUAUGGAUGAAAACGUAUAAUCUUACAUAAUAAAUGGGCGUCCCUGGUAACCAAAAUGUCAAUAAUUUAAUAAACCUAUGUUUGACUUAAUGUACUUGUAGUAAUAGUAUAGAUCUUUGUAUACAAUAAACGGAUUACAAAAUUUAUUUGAGUUUUUAUUUUAAUUGCAGAUGCCAUAAUUUUUUUUUCAAGUGCGUUGAUACCAAAUAGCUGCUAGG